GAAGAGGAGGCGGCGCUUCAACACGGUGAGCGGUGUGGAGCUGGAGGACUGUCGAUCAAGGACAGGGACAUCCAACCUGUCGAUGGGCAGCAGCGAGUCUUUGUCAUUGGGCAACAGCAACCUCGGUGCGACUGAAAGCCCUCAAGAGCAACCAGCAGAGGAGGUAUUAUAA